CUUGCGGCCGGUUGGGCUAGAAUACACCCUGGUGCCUUGUCCGUGCCAAACUAUACCAAAUUCGAAGGGCUGUUGCAGUCUCAUAUUUACGGUAAUACAUACGUUACGAGUUGAACGGAAGUGCGAUUACAUACGCAUCUCCCACUUCCAACAUUGUUGCCAUUUAUCAACAACAUUGUUUGCGUUAAUCGAUCUCUUCUUACACAUGCCAAAUUGGGCCAAUACAACAUUUGCCAUAGUCUGAGAACUUGAAAUAAACGGAUUGUUUCUUACAUAUUGGCUAGCUAGAUAAUUAUUAUAUUUACUUAAUCACAGAGAAUACUGGGCUAGACAAGAUGGCCAGCUGCAAUUUUCAGGCUCAGUUGGUAUCCAUUAUGGAGGUAUUAGCUAAAGCAGCUGUAGCAGAAAUAAACAAACGUGUAGAUGAUAGCUGUGCCGUUAUACGUUUGGAAAUGACCCAAAGCCAGCAAGAUAUUUAUGUACUGAAAAGGAAGUGUCAAAUGAUGGAGAGCGAGCUGAAGAAGAUACGAGGACGAGUCAGGAGAAAAGGUUUUUACCCCAUGUUAUCAGAGGGAUCUUCAUAUCCAGUCAAUAUUGUUUUGAACAAGCAAAGGAGUAACUCACAGUGGGGAGAAGACGAAAUGGCUGUUGAAGAGGACUCUCAACCCCAUCCUACAGAUGUGGAGCAGAGAGUGGAGACUGAACCCAUACUGAUCAAAGAUGAGGAGACAGCAGAGGACGUGUGGAAGACUGACCCUCAGGAAGAGCUCAGGGUCACUGGAGAGGAGUCUGGUUCCAAGCCUGGGAAACCACCACCCUUUGAACAACGGCACUGUGAUGAGGACUUCAUCACACAACCCAACAUAUCUCCUGAAGACUCAGUGGAACAUUACCGCAAUUCUGAUCGUCCAGAGGAACCAGGCACUCCCCGCCUCAUGUCUACAGAGGUGUUCAGCACAGAGCAGCACCGGCCAGCCGAGGACAAAGACUCACUAGACCUAGUGAUGGUGAAGGAUGAGAAAGAGGAGGAGCUGGAUCAGACCACGGCCCUGGCAGGACCUGACCAGUUUGUUAUGGAUGAGACUGAUGGGCAGCUGUGGACCUCUGUGGAUACAGGCAGAGACACUGACCCUGAUGGCCACCCAGAUUUCUCCUUUCAUGCCACAGAAGAGUACUCUCAGAAUAUCUCAAUUUUCCCAUCUCAUAGUGGACUGCCAUCCGUUCCUAAUAUGACAGAUGAUGUAGGGCCAUCGCUUCACUCUUCUAUAUGGAAACCACAUGCUAACAUGUUCAGUGUAGCAAAACACAUGACAAGACAUGUCAGGACAAUGGCUGAUGAGAUUGGACAACAGAUGCCAGAGGGAGAGAGCAGCGAGAGGCUGAACUCAAAUAAUGAAGGAAAUAGUUUAGCUCUACAGCCAAUGCAGCAUCAAUACAGGGCUUCAGAAUCAACAGUGAGAUUGAGUGAGUGCAUGACAGGGUCAAACAUGGCCACCACCUCCACCUUCUCUGGAUACAGCCUGAGUCACAGUAGUUUUAACAUGGUGAAGAGAAUGAGGACUCAGUGGAGGUCGGGCGGCACCACCGAGAGGCGUUUCAGCUGCACCUUCUGUGGGAAGAGCUUCCAGCGUCUCUGCCAGCUCAAAGUACACCUCCGGAGUCACACCGGAGAGAAACCGUACACCUGCGAACAGUGUGGCAGGAGUUUCACCCAGCAGUGCAACCUGAUCAGACAUGCUGUGGUCCACACCGGGGAGAAGCCCUAUGAGUGCACACAGUGUGGGAAAUGCUUCACCCGGCGCUCCAAAAUGACAUUACAUCAGAGAACUCACACUCGAGAGAGUCCAGUGUCUCAAUACAUUGUACCCGCAUACCCUGGGGAUCCACACACAAGUUUAAUGUAGUCUCAGAAAUAAUAAUAAUAUGCCAUUUAGCAGACGCUUUUAUCCAAAGCGACUUACAGUCAUGGACAGAUGGAACAAAUUGGAACAUCAUUUAAUAGUUUUUCUGUAACACUUUCUAUGUGAAAAUGUGGUACAGAAGGUAUUUUGACAAGCUUUUCCUCCCAAUUGAUUUGUGGUUUUCUUGUUUGACGACUUGAUUUUAUAAGAGUCAAUCUGCGCUUUUAGAUCAAUAAUAAUAAUACAUGGGACCUAUAUAGCGCUUUUCAAUGACCCAAAGUCGCUUUACAAUUGUAGAAACAAACAAAAACAGCAGGGAGAAAAACAUGAAACAAAGAGAAGGGGGUAGGGGCUUAAAGUAGGGAAAGGAGUGUGAUGUGUCUGUGUAGGGCCUUUUGUCAAUUAGAUUUGCUCAACUCCUGCGUCUUCUCCCUAGUCCUCUCUCGCCUGCUUUUGAAAAGGUCAAAGGUAAUGGAGGAGAGGGGGCGAGGAGAGUGAUGUGGACGAGAAUGUGCUUUUAUGAAAUGAGACGGUCCUUAUCCACUCGCGCGUCAUCAGGCAAAUGAUGUUUUCCGAGGUGGAUUCCAAAAUAAAUAUGUAAAGUGAUUUUUUUUUAACGAAUUAAGUUAGUUGUGCAAUACAUUUUAUAGAUAAAGGAUAAUUAGCAUAUCGUUUUUAAAUGUAUGCAUGCUUUUCUCCAACGACAAUACAACAGCUGAUUCAAAGGGUGUGUGGCAGAUAUCAAAACUCUUCUGCGCUAGGAUACACUUGUGCUUCCUCUCCAAAAGGGGGCUAUCAAGAAGGGGAAGAAGUCUUAGUUUGCCUACUAAAGAAUAGAUUACCACAGUAUGAGUCAUAAUAUCCAUAAAACCUAGCGGUCAAACAGGGAAAUGGUUUCAAUUGUU